UGUAGGAAUGGAGUGGAACAGAAAGAUUCUAUUCAGAAUUCUCACCCUUCAACUGAUCAGUCUUAAUGGUGUUCAGUUACAGACACCGGCUUACAUCAUCCAGAAUACCCCAGGGUGCCUCAACAUUUCCAUUUCUAGCAACAUACCCUCAGAUUUUACAAUAUUUAUUUCGUUCAACACAACACUAACAGUGUGCAGUAUCAUUGGAAUUCCCGAUGCUGAUCCAAUCAUCGUCUUUGCUAUAGCCUACAGAGGAAGGAUAACGUGCGAAGUGAACGUACCCGUGAAACGUGCCGACAUUUGUUUCACUGCCGCUGUCAAUGAGAGUGAUGCCGGAGUCUACUAUGUCAGGCUAGGGACGAGCUCAGACAUUACGACUACUACACUGUUUGUCAUGAACCCGCCACUGAAACCAACCAUAAAUACUCACGGCCUGAUUGUUUCCAGCACUGUUCAUAACCUGACCUGUUCAUCUACUUCCACAUCAACACCGACAACAGGACUCCUUAUUACAUAUUCAUGGACUGUGAAUGAUGCCAAUAUCACCGACCCUCGCUUUACGAUCAGCGGACAAGGGGGCAGAAUACUAACGAUUAACAAGGUCCUCAAACAAGAUAAAGGGAAAAGGGUUCAAUGCAUAGCCACGGAGGAGAAGGGGAUGUCAUCAGACCCAAGUGAUGAGAAAACAUUGGAUGUGUUAUAUACUCCGGAGGUCAUCAUUACACCUUCCACAAAUGUAGUGGUUGAGCUGGGCAAGACCAAUGUACAACUGGAGUGUUCUGUGUAUGACUCGAACCCUACCACGGGAUUGAUGUACCGAUGGACUAAAGACGGCAGUCAGAUCAGCACAAAUCAGACCGUUAUAAUGAGAACUGUACGGAAAUCGGAUCAGGGGAGUUACCAGUGUAUAGCCAGCAACUCUGUAGGGACAUCGGUACCCGCGACUGUUACCGUUGAGGUACUGUAUAUACCUGAAAUAGAGAGAUUUACAGUUCUUGGCGAGCAGACUGUUACUGAAUCGGAUCCAUUCAGUAUGCUCUGCUCCGUUCACAGCCCCAGGCCAGCAAAUAUCACCAUACACAAUCUGAACACCAGCGAGGUUAUCAGCCGAGGAUACAACGUGCUCUCCUUAAACUUCACGGAAUCGUCAGCUCGGUGUCUCCAAACAGCCGUCUAUGGUUGUUCUGCAGAAAAUAUUGUUGGUAUCACUAAAUCUGCUCCCCUAGAAUUCCUUGUAAAGUGUAUGCCGAGAUCUCUUAAUGGUCUUUACUUUCAACAGUUUUCAACAGAAAACCUUCAUAUUUCGGCGAGGUUUCUGGCUUACCCACUACCUUCUAUCCAGUGGACCUUCCGGAAAACCAGUACCGCGCCAGAAACAGCCAUUAAUGAUGAUUUCUGGAACACAGCAAUCACUACAACAAUGAACACGUCAAUAUCUUCAGUCCUGGUCACGAAGGAAUCCCUCCAGCUGGAGCAGUUCGGAUAUUACACGGCAAAUGCUAGCAAUGAUCAAGGAUCUUUCAUUACAACUUUUCUUGUUCAACCAGAGGGAAGACCGGACACACCACGAAGUCUGUCAGUUAUUUGUUCAGUAGCAGGAACAGCUUUUGUCAGUUGGAGUCCUGGUUCUGAUGGGGGAGCUAGACAAACUUUUGUUGUGUCAUACAUAACAACCUCUAGACCUAACCUCAUCACCUCUCUCAUCUCAGGAAACAGUGUCAUCAUUCCAAAUUUGGAAAGUGGUCUCUACACAUUUACUCUCAUUGCCACAAAUACACACGGGGAAUCUCUUCCUGCUACAGACAAUUGUCAAAUCAAAGGCUUAAAUCAAGAGACUGACUCCCUUGUUCCGGUUUUGGGAUCUCUGUUUGGAUUUGUUCUUUUGAUCUGUAUAGGAUUAGUGUCAUUCAUUAUUAUAACUAAAGUUCUUCGACAGAAACGCAUCAUAUGCUGUAGGGAAUUGGAUCAAAAUCAAGAUUAUGUUUUGGAGAACGUUACUAGGGCCGAUAACCACCAGUACCAGGACAUAACGACAAAACCAGAUCGCAGUGGUCACCAGGAAGCAGCCUUAAGCUCCCAACAUUCUGAUGUGGAGAAUUCGGAGUCAGGAAAUGUGUAUGACAAAGUCGAUGACAGUUCAGGUCACUAUAUCAAUACUGGAUAAACCUGCAUAAAUCGUGCACAGGGAAGUUUUCAACGCCAGACUCCAAUAGCAUGUGAUGAGGAAGUGCAUUUUUAUUUUAUAAGGAAGUGCAUGUUUUGUAACUCAAAUCACAUGUUUUGAAAAUCUGAUAUUCAAUUUUGGAUUUCAAAACAAUUCGAUAUUAAUCAUGUAUCCAGUACAUGUCGCUUAAAUUGUGUAUCCAGAUCUGAAUGGUUUGAGAAAAGGACUAUCUGAAGGCAAUCUACAAAAAAUUAAAAUUGGUCAUCUUGAAUCAUACAUAUUGAAGUAAAACUUGUGUCAAUUAGAAAUACCGUUAACCCUGUUCUUUUGUAUAAGUCUUAAGGGGGUGGGGGUGGGUGGAGUAUGCACAAGGUUACAAAGAUAUAAUGCUUUGAUAAUGGAUAUCCCCAAAAACUCGCUUUGUCAGAGACCCCUCUUACGUUUUGUAAAUACAUAUCAGGAGUUCAUAAAUGGAGUGAAAUUUUGAAAAUAGUAUCUGAAUUGAAAAUAUUUCACCUGCAUGCAUUAUGACAUAACCGCCCCUUAAAGAUGUUUCGUGAACCAACCAAUUUUUAAUUUUACCAGAACUUCUUAAGAUUAAGUAAGAUUAUAAAUAUUAUGGUGAUAGAGGGUUCAAAUCUAUGAGCAAUACAUUUAUACACGAGCAUUAUUUGACACACACAAAUUUAUAUAUAAACUUAUAAACACCCACUGUGACAUUUCUUUUUCCAAAGCUUCUAUUGUUCAUAAAUCACAAGAUGUAUAAUUGUAUGUUUAAAGAAUAUUACUUGUUAUAAAGGGAUCGAUUCGUGAUUUUUUCAAGAAGUUUGUUUUUCACUUUUAAUGGUAAAAAUUUACUUAUCAAGAAAACCAAAGGUAUACAUUAUGACAGGAGCACAUUAUAGAGAGUUUACCAUCUAUUGUGUAAACAAAGAUUGAGAUAUGUUGUAAUGUUUACAAACACAGUUUUGAAAAUAUAUGGUUGAUUAUCCAAGUUUAUGGUAUAUAUCACAUUUCAAGUAUUCUUUAGGUAAGAAUACAAUGUAUAUAUGUGCAAUUUUAAAGUUAAAUUGAUGUCUGCAAAAUUAGGAAUUUUUAAAUUACAAAAUUAACAUUUCACUAGUUUGUUUGUAAACAUAAAGAAGGUUCAAGCCUUAUUUACAUAACACGAGUUAAGGCUAAAGUAUUGAUGUUCAACAUCAAAUGCAAAAAUGACAAAAAUAAUUUUUUUUUUAAAACCGUACCAGUCCCUUUAAUACUGUCAAUUAUGUAUUUUUCUCAUUGUAUUUGCUCAGGUUACUAAGCCUCUCAUGGGCUUGUAGAUUGUAUAUAAUGUUAUGUUUAUCCAUAAAAGUAUGUUCAUUUAAUGUCAAUAAAGAUUAAAAACUAGACAUCCAAAAUUGAUCGAAUACAAGAAGAUAUCAUUAGCGCGUACUUUAUCAUGAUUUUAUUUUUUUUUCUUUUAUUUUUUUUUUAUCUAUAAUUAAUGGAUGAAAUUAGCAUUUAUUAUGUCCAUUACAAUAAUUAUUGAAUUAUACACUCUAUAGAAACGCACAUGUAUUAAUAUAUAUGCAGUUUUGGUUUUUACAUUCGAUCAGAGGACGACAGCAAUUUCCAUUGAUUUUUGCCUUUGGCAUCUUUACAAAUUGUAAUGAUAGACAUUUCCUCAUAAACGCGCUGCAGUUGUAUAUGCAAUGAGUGUAUGAAUACAGAACUACUUUAUAAAUAUUGACUGAAGCGUCUUUUUAACAGCUAGAAAUUCUGAUAGAAAUGAAGGAAGAAUGCAAAUACAUGUAUAAGAAAUAAAUUUCAUGUUUAAAAAUACAUGAGGGUAUAAUUCCAAUGUUAUUCAUUACAAUUGUUUUGAUUGGACAAAAAUAAAGCUGAACAAGAGUUUAUACAUCAAUAAAUCCUAAAAGUGUAGAAAAUAUUGUUGGUAUGCUUUGCACUUUUAUUCAAUUUGUGAGUAAAAUGUCCUGAGUUUACACAUUGAUAAAUUCUUCAAACAGAAUGUUUAAUCCUAUAAUGAAUUGCACCGCUUCACACAGGCAUGAAGAGUCGCAGUUCAUAUCAUAAUGCAUUUUCAAACAUGAAAUUUAUUUCUUGAAUACCUGGUAUAUAUGUGUACACCACAGGCACUUGUUUCUGUAUAUAAGUUAUGACGUCUGUAUACUAAUAAUAACACGUGUUAUUAUUAGUAUACAGACGUCAUAACUUAUAUACAGAAACAAGUGCUUGUGGUGUACACACACAUUUCGGUAUCAAAAUGUGGCUCUUUCGGUUGUGCAAGUUUAGUAGCCAGACGGUUAAAGAGCAAUACAUUCAGUCAAGAAAUUAUAUUUUCGUGUGAACGUGUGUGCUGGACCCAUUACUCAAUCAUUAUUUUCACGUCUCUAUAUGAGUGAAAGAUUCUUGAGAGGGACGUUAAACAAUAUCCAAUCAAUCAUUGUUUAUUGGCACAUGUGACCUAAUUUUGAGUCUCUAAAAAUCUCAACAGAUUUCAUAAGAACCCUAUUGAACAGAACUUUCUAGAAUAUUGUGAUUUAGUAUAAAUAUAGAUUGUAAUAUUUUCUGGUAAAAAGCACUCUUCUGUAAAAUUACAAUGGAUAUUCCAUUACUGGGGACUAGACUAAACGACAUAUUUCGAUAACGUUAUAUAGUAUGUGAAUUCAGCUCAGCGGUGAACAAAUAGCGGACAUUGCUUUAUGAACUUUGACCAGUAUAAGUUAGUAUUUUAAUUGAUAUAUUUUACUGUUUUAAAAUAAAUUGCUAAAUCUUU